AUGCUGGUGAUUAUAACCUUCGGCUCUGAGAGUUUUCAAAACGCCUUACCGAUCGUCCUUAAACGUGGUAGACACACUAGCACCGAGCUCUGUUCGCUCCUAGGAGGUUUUGGCAAGCAGUUGCUAGAAGCUGUGAGGAAGACGAGCAUGUCAGUCAAGCUAACUGGACAGAGAACGUGGAGGAGUGAGAAGAAGGAGGCACAUCAAACAUUGGCUGCAGAUGACAAGCCGUCUAGUGACUAUAACUCACACAAAUGGAAAGACAGGGAGACAUACCCGCCAUUACCAUGCAAAGACGAAGAGUUCCACGCCAUUCUUGACACAAUGAUUGUUGAUGGCGCAAUCAAACCUUUCAGGCCCUACAAAGUCCCUACUAGAGAGGAGAAGAAUGACCCUAGGUACUGUCGUUAUCAUCAGUUUGUGGGGCAUCCAACCACUGCUUGCCAAACUCUAAGGAGGAUCUUGUAG